GGCAGUUUGCGCAGCGCGCGGGGCCGCUGAGCCGUGCCCGCGUAAUCACUGCUCUCGUGCAGUGCCCGGAAGACUUGGAGACCUGCUGCUGCCACAGCCGCCGCUUGGUGGGCGCCGGCAGCACUAAAAACGCGCGCGCGCCGCAGAGCGUACAAGAGGAAAAAUAAUGGGCAAAAACGCGGCCCUAGAAGCCAUGCUCGCGCAGCGCGCCGGAAAGCCGAAGCCGGACGCCCUGAACGCCAUGCUCGCCAAGCGCGCGGGCGCCGCGCAGCCCGCCGCGGUGACGACGCCGACGAACGCGACGGCCCCGUGCUACCUGACGCCGCUGGACCGGUCGCGCCGGCGGUCCUUCGAGCUGCGCCGGCGCCGCGAGACGCUGACGCCCGAGGACGCGGAGCGCCUGCUGCGGAACCGGGACAAGGUGCUCGGCGCGGCGCUGUCGAUGCACGUGAUCCACGACGUGCCGCUGGACGUCGUGGGCGAGCGCCUCGCGGCGUCGGGCGUCCGGCCGGAGCUGCGCGACGAGGCGCUCGCGGCGAUCCGCGCGAAGCUGAAGCGGAGCGGCCUCGGCGAGCGCGCCUUCGACGACGAGCAGGAGCGCGCCGCGCGCAAGCUGCUGGGCGCGAACUCGCCGCUGCCGCGCUACGACGUCCGGCGCGGCGUGACGCCGCGCCAGUGCCGCGGCCGCGUCGCGUUCGAGACGCCCGCGGCGGCGGCGGCGGACGCGGGGGACGACCCGCUGGCCAAGUACCGCAAGAUGGUCAAGAUGGGCGUGCCGCCCAGCACGGCCGCGGCGCGGCGCCCGCGCGGAAAUCUCCAGUUUCGCGGCCCCGCCUCUCACCGGUCGAGUCGCGCGCGCAGGCCGCCGCGCGGCGCGACGGCGUCGCCGACGCGCUCGCGAGCACGCUCGACCCCGGCGCGGCCGCCGCGGCCGCCGCGGCCGCCCCGGCGCCGGCGCCGGCGGCCGACGCCGCGGCGCUCGAGCCCUACCGCAAGAUGCUGCGCAUGCGCGUGCCGCCGGGCGCCGUGGGCGACCGCAUGCGCCGCGAGGGCCGGUCCGAGGCCGACGUCGCGGCCGUGUGCGGCGCCGCCGCGCCGCCCGCGCCCCCGGCGACGGCGGCGAAGGCGCCCGCGCGGACGCCCGCGCCGCGCAAGACGAAGCAGCUGCACUGGACGAAGCUCGACGCGUCCGUCGACGUCGGCGCGACGGUCUGGGGUGCCGCGUCGCCGGCGGACGAGGCCGACGACGACCUCGCGCUGCUCGAGGAGAUCUUCGCGAGCAAGCCGCCGCCGGCCAAGGCCCGGGCCGCCGACCGCGCCGCCGCCGCCGGCGGCGCCGCGGAGCCGGCCUCGCUCAAGAAGGUGUCGCUGCUCGAGGACUCGCGCCGCGCCGCGAACGUGGCCAUCGGGCUCGAGUACUUCUCGCGGCAGUACCGCGGCGACGACGACGCGCUGUGCCGGGCCGUCGCCUCGCUCUCGGAGUGGCUCGACGGGCCGAAGCUGCGGAGCCUGCAGGUGCAGCUGCCGACGCCCGAGGAGGAGGCCCUCGUGCGGUCGUACGUCGACGACGCGGCGAACGACGCCGCGCGCCUCGCGCGGCCCGAGCGCUUCUUCGCGGCGGCGCUGCGGUGGCCGCGCUUCGCGGCGCGCGUCGAGGCCGCGUGCUUCCGCGCGGAGUUCGACGAGCAGGCGUGGGACGCGUGCCGCGCGGCGGACAAGGUCGCGGCCGCCGUCGCCGCGCUCGUCGGGUCCGAGGGCCUCGGCCGCGUGCUGCGCUACCUGCUCAAGGCCGGCAACGCGCUGAACUCGGGCCUCGCGAGCGGCGACGCGGCCGGCGUGGCGCUGGGCUCGCUCGGGGCCUUCGCCACGGCGCGGGGCAAGGGCGGCGCGAACCUCGUGGACUACGUGGCCGAGAUCUUCGCCGAGCGGGGCCAGGCCGCGGACCUCGACUUCGUCGACGCGCUGCCGUCGCUCGCCGAGGCGGCGCGCUACGUCGACGACGACCACACGCGCGGCGCGCUGCGCAAGCUCCGGAGCGGGCUGGCCCAGGUCCAGGCCGAGGCCAAGGCGGCGGAGGCGUCGCUGUCGUCGGCCGACCGCAAGCGCGCGGCGGCCCUCCGGAAGAAGAGCGGCGAGGCGCCGGCGCCCGAGGUCGCGAGCCCCGCCGCGCCGGCGACGGCCAAGGGCCGGGCGGCGCUGGACGCCCAGGCCACCGUGCGCUUCGUCGUCGAGGCCGGCCGCUGCGUCGACGAGGCGGCCAAGGCCGUCGCGGGCCUCGAGGCCAAGAUCGCCGCCCUCGACGCGGCGACGAAGAAGUGCCGGGCCUACUUCGGCGCCACGGGCGGCCCCGCGGCGGCCGCGCUCAAGCUCGUCUUCGGCGCGCUGGACGGCUUCGCGUCCGAGGUCCGCCGCAGCCGCGACAAGCUCCGGCGCAAGCUCGCCGCCAAGGAACGCAACGCCAAGCGCGCGGCGGCCGCGGCGGCCAAGGCCGACCCGGCGGCGCCCGCGCCCGCGCCCGCGGCGCGGAUCCGCGGCGCGCGGACGGACGCGGCCGGGCCGGUGCUCGCGCGCACCGCGCGGCCCGCCCGGGACGCGCCCGCCGCGGCCGCCGCCGCGCCCAGGCCGGCGCCCGCGCGGCCCCGCGUCGCGCUGUCGGCGUCGGCGCAGUCGGCCGUCGACCGGGCCUUCGCGCUCAAGGGCGGCCGCCGCGCGAACGCCACGGACUCCCAGGUCCUCGCCAAGUCCAAGGCCCUCGCGUCGCACAAGGCCCUCGCCGACAAGCAGAAGCGCCUCGCCGCGGCGCAGGCCGACGCGCCGCCGCCGCCGCCGGGCGCCGAGAACGCGAAGCCGCGGCGGUUCUUCUGA